GCAUUUUUUCAAAAUUUACGGGCAUUGGUGUAAAAAACCCUUAUUUUAUACAAUAAUUUUUAUUAAAAAAAAAAAUAAAAUCCUUUUUCUAGUCUACCACUUCCCCCGUCUAUCUAUGCGGUUCUGUCCCUUCAGGGAACCUCUUGUUCAUUGUUUUCUUCACUCCGGACUGCCUGAAGUUGCUGAACAGAAAAUUACUCUCUUAAAUCCGGGUUGCAUAUCCUCCAUGAACUUUGCCUCUCUAUCAAGUCCAAGGUUAGUUCGAAGAUUUUCAUUAUGUUUCGUUGCAACUCGGAAAUUUUGCCAUGGGAGCUUAGAUGGUGGUAAAGGACAUGAAGGGUUUCAGUGCAUUGACGAACCCAUGAAUACAGGGUUGAAAAGCUCGAAUUUUGAUUCGGUUAUGGGUGAAAGAUCUGAUUUUUAUGAGCGGGAAGAGCCUCCAAGGAGACGGUUCUCGCUGAAAUGGAGCUUCUUGGAGAGUACGAGGAUUGAUGCCAAGAGAGUUUUCAAAGCUCUCAAACGAGAUGAUUAUUCAGGGUUCGAUGUCAAUUUGGCUUUGGAUGAGUUGGGGAUAAGGGUUUCAGGGCUUCUUGUGAGGGAAGUGCUUUUUGGUAUUUUGAAAAAUAACACAGAUAAUUAUGCGGCUAAAAUGCUGUGGGCAGACUUGGGAUAUAAGUUUUUUUUAUGGUCUGGCAAGCAGGAAAAUUACAAGCACACCGUAGAUUCGUAUCAUAUUAUGCUGAAGAUAUUUUCAGAGUGUGAGGAUAUCGAAGCAAUGUGCAAGCUAGUUGAUGAGAUGAUUGAGAAAGAAAUGACAAUUACUGCCCGAACUCUUAACAUUUUGAUAUGGACUAGUGUUGAGUAUGGCAAGGAUAGGAAAGACUUGGAACGAUUCAUUAAAUCAAAGAGAUUUAACUAUAGGCCAUAUAGGAACCGAUACAAUGCCAUAUUGCAUUGCCUUCUUCUGGCAAGCCGGUAUGAGCUGAUUGAGUGGGUCUAUCAGCAGAUGUUGCUUGCCGGUAUUUCCAGAGAUGUUUUAACAUAUAACAUUCUAAUGUUCGCAAAUUAUAGGUUAGGGAAUGGGGUUAAGUAUUACCACUUGUUUGGUGAAAUGAUUAGAGAUGGAUUCAGUCCGGAUUCGCAUACAUAUAACAUUAUGCUUCAUGUUCAUGGUAAUGCGAACGAGCCUGUUAAAGCUCUUCGCGUUUUGCAUGAAAUGAAAGAAAAGGGUUUUGAGCCAAAUGUUCUUCACUUCACCUCAUUGAUAGAUGGGCUGAGCCGGGCGGGAAAUUUGGCUGCUUGUGAAGAAAUAUUGAAUCUAAUGAUUAAUCAGUCAAACUGCAUGCCAGAUGUUGUUUGUUACACUGUAAUGAUCACAGGGUAUGUUGCAGCCGGGGAGCUUGAGAAGGCUCAGACAAUGUUCAAUAAGAUGAUCUCUGUGGGACAGCUUCCAAAUGUAUUUACAUACACUUCUAUGAUUCGUGGGUUUUGUAGGGCAGGAAAACUUGAAGAACUAUGGUCUGUGCUUCAGGAAAUGAAAGAGAGAGGCUGUAAUCCAAAUUCUAUUUUAUACACUACCAUACUGUCUAAUUUGAAAGUUACCGAAAGGGAUUCUAGAACUCAUGGCCUUGUAUGUCAAAUUAAGGAAAUGUUUAAGCAUGUUCGUCUAGCCCGAGAAUCAGUGAGAUAUAGAAGACGUUUCUAUGCUAGAUUACAAAAUCAGUAGAGUAUCAGCAAGAAAUCUCUUAGAAGCUGAGGUUCUCCCUACAUAACCUACUAUUAUCUGAGAUGACACCAUAUGCCUUCCACUUACUUCAAUUUAUGAAGUAAAAAAGCAAAGCAUGCAGUCACUUCAUUUUUUGAUACUUAUUGUUUUAUUUGAAAUGAUUUGACAUUUAGAAUGUCCUUUUAGUCCAUAAGAGAUAUGACUUUCAUAUUAUUUUUUGUGUGGUCUACAAUUUUGUAUGUUCACAUUCUUCUCUACAAUAGACUGUAAUCAAUCAACAUGUACUCGACUCAACAAUAAAUUCUCCAUGGAAAUUACCACUUCCAUAUAUUUUUCAUGGUGAAGUUGUACUUUUCACUUCUUGCUUAUCAGUUAACUUUUCCAGAUGAUAUCAGAUAGUUAAAGUUUCUCUUUUAGGCCAAAAGCAUUAUCAUGCUGAAAAAUUUAAACAGGGGUUUGAGGUUUGACAGCAAUAUGUAAACCAUCAAUCGUUUUACACUAAGGGAUUGAAUUCUGUGGUGGGUGUACUGUGGACUCUCUGUUUUUUGUUCAUGCCCUGAUUAAUUUGGCAUUACAAAGAUUGAAAGCUAUGGAAGAUCUCAAAUUUAGCCCAUUCAACGUUUCCAAUGCCGUCAAGCAGUUAUAGUUGGUUUACUCCUGCAAUAAGAUGGUAAGCAUUUAUCCUGUUGUUUUGAUGGAUCAUGAUCCCUCUUGCUAAUUGAUAAGCGUGUGUUCUAUAGGAAUGUGCUGCUUUUGCCCAUAUAUUCUCAAAUCUGAAGGACGAAAAUUGUAGGUUUUUGGGGAUGGAAACAAUACCAGUCGAAAUGCUUCAAGAAGAUAUUGAGCCUUUUCAUGGGCUGCUUGGGGUGCUUGAGAUGAUGAAGCAGUGAGGAUGUAACCUUGUUAAAUAUCAAUAUAAAGCUGUUCUAUAGUUCUUCUUGUUGGCCAACUAACAUAAAAUGUGCUCAACAUUGUUAACUAUUUACUAAAACAACUUUAUUCUUUUGAACCAUCUUUCAUUCGGUUGCUAAUGAAACGACAUUGUUACCUAUUUCCUCUGUUAUCUGUUUAUUUUUGGACAUAAUGUGAGAGAUAAUGUUUGGUCCUCUGUUUUUUAGGUCAUUAAUUUGUUAAAUCGACAAUUUAUGCAUUACUUCAACUUAUGACCUCUCUGUAUUAACUUUGGAGGAUGGUAUUGAGUUGUAAAAGAAGAUAUGCUUGCUAUUUAAACUCCCAAAUCAUGAUGACUAAGGGAGGGCUUACAGUUAGUAUUUGCUUGUGUUCUUAAUCUUGAUACAUGUAUUUAGAGUAUGAUAGAUAUCUAUAUCUGAAGAGAUAGAACAAGCAUACAGAAAAAGCAUGAUAUGUCAUUCUAAAUCCGAAAUGUUAUAAUUGUCUUUCUCAGCAGAUUCUUGAAAACACGUGGAUCUAUAGGCAAAGCCUUCUGCAAAUCUUGAAGAAGAUAUGUUUUUGAGGUGUACUACCAGCAAGUUUUUAAACUUUUCUUUCCAGAUGUGGCAUGUUUUUUCACUUUUUCUUAGCAGGUAUGUAAUGUUACAUAAAGUAGAAUAUACUAGUCCAUUCUCUUUUCAUCUUAUACUGAGUGAGACUAUAGUCUAUAGCAAUCUAAGUGUGAUUUUUCAGAGUAAAAGGUGAUAUUUACCAAGACUAAGAUAUUUGGAAUUGCACAUCCAUGCAUGUCUAUCAAAUUGUAUAUGCUGUCUACUUUUCCACUCGUGCAACAGCCAACCAAGGGGUAUUAAUUUGUUUUGAUGGUCGAGCAAUAUUGAAUUUGAAUUUUAGAAAUCACAAGCAUUUUACUUUUUCUUUUGUCUCUUUUCAAAAAAAAUAAAAAAAAAUACAAACAAACUUGUAUAGAUAUCAAGAGUUUCUCCAAGUCAAUUUUUCUGUUGUCUCUUUCCACAUCGAACUGGUUUGAAUUUUGGAGUUGUUCCAGUUGCUUCUGUUUUCUGAAUACCAAGUGUUUUGGUGUUUGAAAUACUAGCCAAAACCAGAAUUCCUUGCUGCAUGCCAAGCAAAAAAAUUAUCAUGCAGGGUCUAACAAUUUAGAAAUAAUGUACCACACAUCACUGUAGAAACAAAAUUAAAAUUUAAACCAACAGGCAACAUUGAAUAAAAACAGAAGAGAUACAAUUUUUAAACGCCUUUUUUGACAACAGCUAGUCCGACCAAUAUUAACUUUGGGGAAAACUAGUAGGUUUAUUAGUCUUUGUGACUGAUAUGAAGUUAAUAAACUUGUCCCUACAACGUCUGUAUUAAUCUUCACUCUGACAUUUGUAAAAGUCAGUUAUUUAUUUAUGGUUGAAGUCUUCAUACCCAACAGAAUCACUAAGGUAAAUGUACACAAUCGCACACAUCCUCAUAUCCUUAGCUGUUUUUUUUCCAAGCUAGCUUUCUUUCUUCCAUUGCCAUGGACGCUGCAAGAAGAAUAAUUACUGUCAUUUGUUUAGGUUCGUAAUAGUCAUUUCUAUGAAUAAUAGUCAAUGUGAGUUGCAUCAUAAGUGAAAGAGAAGCUCUUGUAUGGGUGAAGCAGGAGCUCAAUGAUUCCUCCAACCUGCUCGCUUCGUGGGUUGGUAAGGACUGUUGCAAGUCGAAUGGGAAUGGGAUUAUUUGUGACGAAAUCACCGGUCUACUGGGAGGUCCUCCUUUCAAUCAAAGAACCCUUUUCUGUUUUCGACGAUGAAACAACAUAUGAGAGGUUGUUGUUGGGUGGUAUUUUAAACCAUUCCUUGGUGGAUUUUUUAAACAUCUGAAACACUUGGAUUUUGAGUAUCGGUGAUUUUGGACAAAGCCAGAUUCCUAAAUUCCUAUGAUCCACCUCAUGGAUUUGCACAACCUGAAUCUCAGAUAUGCCUACUUCUUAAGUGCUAAUAAUAAUGAGUGGCUUUCUCAUUUUUCCUGGUUGCGGUACUUAGAUAUGAAUGGAGUUGAUCUUGGACAAGCAUCUAAUUGGAUGGAUCUAACAAAUUCACUCACUUCUUUAGUAGUCUUGCGCUUGUUGUCAUGCAUACUUCAAUAUUAUUCCUCCAAUAUAUCAUCAUGUCAAUGCUCCUUCGUCCCUUGCGAUUCUUAAUCUUUCAUACACCAAUAUUUAUAGCAUUGAUCAUGAAGAUAUUCUAAAAUGGGUUUUCAAUUUGAGAAGGCUCAUCUUGAUCUAAGUGGGAAUAAUUUUGAUGGUCCAAUCCUUGGAGGUAUUCAAAAGAUUUAACCCCAUACGCACACGGUGAUCCAAACUUGCAAAUGCUGACAUCACAAUCACACGUCAUCUUUUAUUUAUUUAUUUUUUAUUUAAGUUACUUGUUUGUCUCUUCUAUUUAAUAAUCUUGAGCAACAUAUUUUACAUUUAUCCCAUUGAUUCAAGUCUUUUUUCCAUCCCUUAUACCUGUUAUCUGUUUUUCUUGGGAGAUUUUCAACUCAAAGAACCUUAAGCAUUCUCUUCAACCUUUGUUGUUUAUGCGAGUUUAUUGGAUCAUUUGGAUGCUAGGUAUGGUUUCACGUUGCUUUGAAAUUAAGUGUAAAAUUUUACAUUUUAUUUAUUUAUUUAUUAAUUUUUCCCAAAGCAUACCUCAUAAAUAUCAAAAUUAACACAUUCGAACAUCUGAUUCAUUUUAGAAUGUUGGAAUGUAGCAAGCUCUUAUUAAUUAAGUUCUCCUAACAUCAGACUCCAUUUUUUAUCAAAGAGGAUGCAAUAUUGUAGGAAGGUCUGUUAUACUGUACAAAGUAAUAUAUAUAAAAGAAAAAAACCAAGAGUUGUAUGCUCUUACCAAAGUGGGACAAAUGUAACUAAGUUUGGAGUUGCAAGUGGAAUGUACAUUGUAUCUAUGCCUACUAUUAUGCUGUUUGUUACAUUGAUAGACAAGACAUUAUACUUGAGCGUAUCUAAAUAAGUUGUACCUUAGAAAUCACAAUUACAUAUUCUUUUUCUUGGCUUCUCUAUUUGGAGUUUCUCAACCUUCAAGGUUAUCAUUUGAGAGGUAAAAAUAUCAAGUAACAGCGCUAAUCCUUCAUAGAAUCAGUUUUGAAUUUUGAUGGAAAGGUAAGAAAGUUGAAUACAAAGGAAAUUCUUGGACUUGUCAUAGACAUGGACCCAUCAGCUAAAUUAUUGUCCCGACAUAUGACAUAUACCUACAGAAGUCACUAAUCCAUCAAGUUCGAAAACCAUUGAACUCGUCUAACAAUCUUCUAACAGGACAAAUUCCUGAAAAAGAUAUGAAAGCAAUUAGACUAGAAGCAUGUUAGCAAUGAGCCUCUUGAGGCAUUUGAACUUGUCAUACGACUACUUAUAACAGGAGAAAUUCCAUCAAGCACUCAACUCUUAUCCUUUAAUAUUGAGUCUAUUUGCAAAUUCUAACUUUAUUGGCAACAGUCUGUGUGGUCCUCCUCUAACCAACAACUUUGCUACAGAUGGUGUAAUAACUAAUCUUGAUAUCAAGAACAGAGGAUUAGAAAACGAAAAUGGAAUAACAAUGUCAUGGUUUUACAUGGGCGGAUUCUUAAGUGCAUGAAAGACAAACUUGUAUGUGGCUUCAGGCCUAACGGCGAGAUGGUUCCAUGAACAAUUGAAAAGCUACUGUCAUACUCAGUGAAAGGCAUCAUCUUUUUUAAGGAGGACAUUUGAACUUGUCCUACAACAACUUGACAGGACAGAUUCCAUCAGGCACUCAACUCCAAACCUUUGAUGAGUCGAGCCUUUUAUUGGAAACACUCUGGACUACAAAUGGCACUGAUGUUUAAAAAAACAACAGAGACGCAGAGGACGACAUCGACAUGUCAUGUUUUUACAUGGGCAUGGGGAUUGGAUUUGCUACUGGGUUUUGGGAAGUUGUGGUGCGCUUUUCUGGAGCAGAAGAUGGAGGCAUCGUUAUUUUCGGCUUCUUGGCUGCAUGUAUGACCAUAUAUAUGUGGCAUGGGGCCUAACAGUGAGAUGGUUCCAUGAAAAAUUAAGAAGCCACCGUCAUACUCUGUGAAAGGCAUCAUCAUCUUAUAAGUUAUAUGUUUUUGGAAUUCGGAUGAUGUUUACAAGUUCAAAACUGAUAAGAUUAACUGUGAAGAGGGAAAAAUACCUGGAAUCUGAUAAGCAAAAACAGGUGAGUGCAUAUAUAUAUAUAUAUAUAUAUGUGUGUGUGUGUGUGUGUUUAAAAUAAGGAAGGAAUUUAAUCUUUUCUGUAAAUUUGGUUGCCCUUCGUUCGAUGUCUAUCAUUUUACGGAGAUUAUUUUGUCUAUUGAAAUAAUAAAAUUAGGAUGAGGUUUUCUUUUAUUUACUAGUUGGGUACACUACACAUCAAGAAAAAUAACUAAAAUUAUAUAUAUAAAAAAUUCAUUAAUAAAUAUAUAUGUAAAACAAAUUGUAAAUACAAAUAAGUAAAAUUUUAUAUAAAAAAAUUCAUUAAUAAAUAUACAUGUAAAUUACAAAUUGUAAAUAAAAAUAAGUAAAAUUCACCAGCGUCAGCGCAUAGAUACAAAUAAUGUUGUACACACAACACAACAAUUAUUAUUCGCUACAGGAACAUAUACGCAAGCGUUAGACAUGAUGGACUGAAACUAAAUGGAAGUUUCUUUCUUUUUAUUUAUUUAUUUAUUUAUUUUUUGGAUGAAUUGCAAGUUUCAUUAUUCAAGGUGUUGCCCAGUAAGAAAUUUGAUGGGAAACGUUUACUUUAGAAAAAUGGAACAAAAUGAGGAAUACAAUUAAUGGCAAUCAAUUUUUCUGUAUUCAUUCAGUUUCUUUAUGGUCACGGAAUUCCUGGCUUAGUUGGCAGCUCAACGUAUAAGAGGAAACUCGCGCACCCAAAAAAUUCUUUCAUUUUCAGUUUUCGUACAUGACAAAGUUGGCCACCUCUCCACAUUUUCACUUCUGAGUGAAAAUAACAUUAAAUAUACACAAAUAUUCUUCUACUUGCUUAAUUGCAAUUUUUAAUUACGUUAAUUAGUACCAAACAAAACUAAACAAGGUAUUGCUUGCCUUUUUUUUUUUGGGUAGACUGUAGAAAUGGACUAGCUGAAGAUCAUAUGACCAAGAAAAUUGAAACAUGGAAUGGGAAAUUUCUGGUUAUGAUUUGUGAGAUAGCUUUUUGGGUAAAAUUACAGGGGGAAAAUUUUACUCUAUAAUGCAAGAAAAUACUAUGGUAGAAAAAUACAAAA